AUGCCGAACCAGAUCCAGGACAUCACCACCCGCGACGAGACCUCGUUCCCGUACAUUUUCGAGCAGAAUGUGUCUAUCUCGCUGAAGGACAAAUCGGGCUUGGUCCGAUGCAAUGUCUAUCGACCAAAGACAUCAGAGAAAUGCCCCGUGCUUGUCACCUACGGCCCAUACGGGAAGGAUAUCAGCUACGAAGCCUUCAGCGAAGUGAAUCCCGAGCAAAAGUCAGAGCAUUCGGCCUGGGAGACGCCCGAUCCCAAGUUCUGGACGGGCCAUGGCUAUGUCGUUGUCCGAGCCGACGAGCGCGGCACAGGCCAGUCAGUGGGUAAGCUCGACACCAUGUCCCGGGGCACCAGCGAGGCGUUCUUUGAUGUGGUAGAGUGGGCGGCCGACCAGCCCUGGUCGUCGGGCAAGGUAGGCUUGCUUGGGAUCAGUUACUUCGCUGGCAGCCAGUGGCGCGUAGCUGCCCGCCAACCCAAGGGUCUUUCCUGUAUCAUUCCCUGGGAGGGUAUGUCGGACUACUACCGGGAUCGUUGUCGACACGGUGGAAUUCUGUCUAACGGAUUCAUCAAGUUCUGGUGGGACCGCCAGGUUCUCAGCAACCAAUAUGGACUAGCAGGCAGGGCCGCAAGGAAUUGGGGUCCGGAUACCAUUGAAGGUGAUCUUCCUGAGGAGGAACUGGUUCAAAAUCGCCAGGACCAAACGGUUGAUAACGUCGAAAACCAAUUCCGCGAUGACCUUUACUACGCCUCUAAGGAAUACAGCAUGUCGGACAUCCAGGUGCCCCUUCUGUCGGUUGCUAACUGGGGUGGCAUCUUGCUACAUCUCCGCGGUAAUGUCGAGGGAUACACCCAUGCAGGUUCAGACCUCAAGUAUCUGCGGUUUAUUACUGGACGGCACGACCUGCCUUUUUACUAUGCUGAAGAGGUCGAGCUGCAACGGAGCUUCUUGGAUGCUUUCCUCAAAGGGGAUGAUCGUGCCGGGUGGUCUACUGGUACUGCGCCCAAGGUCGACGUCGUCCUCCGCAAGGGUGACGUAGGGUUUGAUAAUGCCGAAGAGGAAAGAAAAUUCCCUCGCAGAAUCGAAAAUGAAUGGCCCAUCGCUCGCACCCAGUACACACGAUUCUAUCUGACUUCUCAGCGUGAACUCCUCGCCACUCCCGAACCUCCCGAGGAGGCUCGUCCCAGCAAGGUCUCUUACCAAGCCCUGGGCACGCUCGACAACCCUCAGCUCAUCCAAUUCACCACGCCCCCAUUUGAAACGGAAACUGAGAUUACGGGUCACGUCGUGGCCCACCUGAACGUGUCAAUGAGUGCCAACCCCGGUCAGCCCACUCCUCAGGAUAUGGAUCUGUUCGUAACUCUCCGACAUAUAUCCCCCGCCGGAAAGGAGGUCUUCUACACUGGCACGGCGGGAGACCCAGUUCCUUUGUGCAAGGGAUGGCUACGCGUGAGCAUGCGCCAAAUCAACCACGAGCACCCGCGAAACCGGCCCUGGUUGCCUCACCGGGACUACUACUCGACUGAUGCGCGGCCCGUGAUCCCUGGUGAAGUGUAUGCAGUGGAUGUAGAAGUGUGGCCGACAAACGUGGUUGUCGAGAAGGGUGGUAAGAUAGUUCUGGAGGUCGCAAGCGGCGAUACUCAAGGCUGUGGGAUCUUCCAACACCACUCACCCAUUGAUCGGUAA